GUACGUAGACAAGAGUGGGGAGCUCCUAGUCCGUCAGCACUCAUCAGAGAGAAGAAGAAGGAGAGAAAGAUCCAGAAUCAACUUUAAAAUCUUUAAUUUCAACGACAAACACAGAAACGAAGAAGACAAGAUGGUGGCUAAACAGAGAAUCCGCAUGGCCAACGAGAAACACAGCAAGAACAUCACUCAGCGAGGAAACGUGGCCAAGUCAACGAGGAACCUGACUGAGGACAAAGGUGUGGGUCCGUGGCUGCUGGCCCUCUUCAUCUUUGUGGUCUGUGGAUCAGCCAUCUUCCAGAUCAUCCAGAGCAUCAGGAUGGGCAUGUAAAGUGAUGUUACCAGCAGUGGGCGGGGCUACAAAGACGAGCAGCUAAGAUGACGAUGACGACAACGUGCCCUGUCUCCAGUGACCACCGUCCCUUUGAACUGAAGCGACCCAAACAUUCCUGAACUCUGGCAGCGGUCUGCAGACCAAUGGAGGCGACCAAACAGACCCCCCCCCCCCCCAAAAUGGUUUAUCGUGUUGAUUCACGUGGCGCUGCUCGCCGACCUUCUCAGCGUCUUUCCUGUAAACAGCCACUGUGUGCCUUUCUCUGUUUACCUGUGCUUUAGCCCCGCCCUCACUGAUUACACCUUAUCAGUGCAGACGUGUUGGGGGAGGGGUCAUAGUCCGGUGUGAUCCUGUAAACUUUAACCGUGUGAUACUGAGCGUUACAUUCCUGCUGGGACUCUUCUCUCUCUCUAAUCUCUCUCUCUCCCUCUGUCGCUCGUCCUCGUCAGUAUGAGAUGAUGAAGGUCUUUUGAAUCAGAAGGUUAGGAGGUGCUGACAGGUGUGCGUGCACUGUGUGCAGCUUCACCUGAACAAUAAAGUUUCUUUUUGAACACAA